AGAGGGCGGUUUCCACCUCUAUUAGUUUAAAUGGCACCUUUGCCACUCGCAAUAGGGCGGACGCGCAGACGUAUCAUGACCACUGGGAAACACAGUGAAUGCGACGUCUAUCUAUAUAUGUCUAUGAUGUAAAGCUCAUUUGACCUUCAAUAGGCAACCACGAGGGCGAAUCGAUAGGGAAGAAGUGCAUCACGUGGUUGUGCUUUACUCGCACGGGAACAGAUGAACUAAUUUCUAAAUGUGGGGGACAGAGUGUAAAUAUUUAUCUUUUUACCUUUAAUUUGUUUAUAAAUUCUAACACCGAAACGUCAUGUUUAGAUUAUAAAACCUUAAUAGUAUUGUAUUAAUUUUAUGCGAAUGUAGUUUUAAUGUUUGCUAAAACACUACGCGCUACCAUAGAAAUAUGGUAUAUAGUCUCACCUUCACUAAAGACGUUAUUUGGAUCGUUCCUAAAGAGGUUGUGACAUUAAAAGAGUAAACAUGGCUGCUCAUGGAAGUGCUUUAGUCGGAUACGGAGUCUCGUCGGAAUCGGACAGUGAAGGAGAAGAGACCACAAAACAAUUACCGAGGCCUACAGCCAGUGCAACUAUACAAAGCAGAAACUUUCUUGUGGAAGCUGGAGAUCUGAGUAGUGACUUGAGCAGCGAAGAUGAGGACCGUGCGCCUGAAUGCAACGUCCAGUCCAGUCCACCCAGACGAUUUGAAAGGAGUCCUGCUUCUACUAACCCUGUAAAAUCUGAAGGCGAAGUAACUCCGAAGAAGCUACCCACUCCAAAACUGGACAUUGGGAUGAUGAAAAAAGGAGGCAGCAGUGUCUUUAAGAACCCAUUUCAGGAGGAGCGGAAUGAACAACUGAGCCUGCUGCAGAAGCACGUGCAACUCACGCUGGAGGCAAAGCCAACAGAAAUCGGUGGCAAGAAGAUCUGCCUGCUUUAUCGCAAAGAAGGGCGCUGCCGAUAUGGUAGUAAGUGCAAAUUUGCCCAUGACAGUGACCUUCAGACGGCCGUAUCAUCGUCGGUAAGCUCCAGUCGAGGUGAAACUGUGUUGGCCUCGAGCUCCUCUUUUAAAGUGGAUGACAACAAUGACUUGGAAGAGGAAACAAGGACUAAGAAAAGAAAACCUGGCUUGAGUGACUCACUAAUACCAUCCAAGAGGGUUCUAAAACAUUACAAAGCUCAGGUCACCAAGGAUAAACCCUGGGUCAAGUAAAUGUGUGUAGUUUGUUUGUGGUCACUUCAUUCCCUACUAAACUACAGUUGGUGAAUCUGUUGAAUUACUGGCACCGGUAAAAUGUAGCCAUUCUGGUUUUAUGUGUCAGUUAAGAAGUCUUGGUUUUAAAGUGAAGUUUGGUCAUUCAGAUUUGACGGCCCAGUGUAAACCUACUUUGGGAGGAUAAAUAGUAACGUUUAGAUUAAAAGCAUUUGUGUUAACUGUAAGCAUGAAGAAGCUAAUUUAGGAUUUUAAGAGUGUUUUAUCUAAGACCAUUUCUGGUGUUUGCUAGCUAGAAUUAUGUUUUAUGCUCAUUCCUUGUUUUAAUAUGCUGUGUAUGAUGCUGAACUGUCCCUAAAUGUCACAACUUAUAAUGUCCACCUAUAACACCCGGUAUUAAUUGAUCUUUAAAGCUCAAUUGCCAUCUCUUAUGAUCUAGGAUAAAAUGGAAUUGAAUGUUCAGUAUAUUGGUAAAUCUGACGUAUGUGUACAAUGAUAUUUCUAGAAUUGUGGAACCUUUUGGAGGUUUGUAUUUUCUGACUAAGGCUUCUGUCUUGGAGAUAGGUGAUGAGCAAGUUAGUUGUGUGUCUAACCAAGCCGUGUUCUUCAUCAAAUCAGUUGUCCAGUUAGAACACUUGUCACUGUGAUGUGACCUCGGAACAAUGAAACUUCUCUCCAGGUGCUGUAAGGACUAACCCUAACGGCAGAUAUGUCCUGAUUCACCCCAUCCCACACACAUCAUCUGCUUAUAAAAUGUUAAAUAGUAAGGUUGAGAGGCGAACACUAAGGUGGGAAUCCAAAAGGGCCCAACUGGCAGCGUAAAUUAACCAUAACUGGUCUCUGAACUGUUAAUUGAAUGCCAUUUUUGUCCACUUAUUUACUCUUUUCUGCAGUUUUGUGGUGAUAGGUGUUCAAAGGACGAUGGCCCUUGUCUGCUUUGAACUCUUUGCUUAUUUAGGUUCUUUUUUUUUUUUUUUUUGUAUACCAGUAUGGAUUCCGAGCCAAACAAAUUUAGGAGUAUCCACCCAUCCUGUUCACAGUUGUGUGGAUAGGAACAAGGUUUGGUAAAAUUUGUAUUCUCUUUAUAAUGUGGUGUUGUUAUAUGCUACAUUACAGUUUGGUUAUUUUUUAUUUAUUUAUUUUUUUUCCAGUUCCUCAGAUGUGCAGUGACCGUGCAGUACAUGAUAUGGUAACCAACUGUGGUAGACACAGGUCACUAUUGCCAUAUAAUCGACCAGUGCUUUUAUCAAAGAACUCUUAACAAGGUCAACAUUCAUUACAUUUGGUUUUACUCGUGUAUCGAUUUGUUCCAGACUGAGUUCAGGCUGGUUUAGCGACUCUCUCUGGAGCAGACAGCAAGUCCAGUGCCUUAUGGCCCAAUUUCUUACUCGUAAGACAACACUGCCUGGUCUGAAAAACAAGUCGGACAAUAUAUGCAUGGUAUAAUUUGCAGGUGUGCUCGGCAACUAAGUUAACUCUCAUUAAAAUAGGUAAGUUGGAAAGGAACUGAUUUAUUAUAUAACUUCAAUACAAAUUUUAUUUAUGAAUUUGCGAAAUUUAUAGGAACUCAUUAUGUAAUUACUAAUAUGUAAAAUGUAUACUUGCUUAUUAUCUGACAUUUUGUCACAGUGCUCUGCGCCUGCUCUCGGUGAAAAGCGCUACACAGAGCUAAGCAGAACUGAAAGGAGUUAAAUUGUGAACAAACAAAGCACCUUAAAUCCAGUGAAAAAUCCUUUCAAUUCAAUGAUAGGUCAAAGCUAACAAAAAAAAAAAGGUCAUGGCCAUGUUUUUAAUGUGUAGCAGCUGUACAAAAGAUAAAACAACCCUUCAUAAAGAGUAGGGUGUAUCCUGACUUCUUGACUAAAUUGCCCACAAUGGCCUAGUCAUUCUGGCCCCCUAAUCAUCGCCUUCCACUGAUUGGCUAACAAUCACUCACACCAUCAGCAUGUCACAGUUAAUGCGUGGUGAGUGUACUGGCACAAAAUGGCGGCCUAGUCGUUCUGGCUCCCUUAUCGCCUUCCUCUGAUUGGCUAACAAUCACUCACACCAUCAACAUGUCACAGUUAAUGCGUGGUGAGUGUACUGGCACAAAAUGGCUGCCGUCGAACCCUCAAGGUGGAUGCUGCAUAUUAGUGGUGGAUAAAGUGACUCCCCACUCGCUGAAGUGCUUUGAGUAGUGAGAAAAGAGGCAUGUAAAUUAUUAUUCAAAUUGUAAAAUUUAAACUGUUUUGCUUUUUUGUAAAGUUAGGUCACUUUAAUGAAACCCUUCACAUUUCUUAGCAGGAAAAAACAAAUGGUAGUUAGGAUGUGGGAAUUAGUUGUGAACAAAGAAAAUAUCCUAAAUGAAGAGGAAAAUCCCAGCUGUACAAGAAUAUAACAUUUGGAAACACUUUUGCAUUUUGUAAAAUCAGGUCACAUUGUUACAUGCUUUCACAUUUCUGAAAAAAUGACUUUUAGAAUGUUGUUACAGGUAGCGAAUAGCCAGAUUAUCCUAAAUAUCCUAAAAGCCAAUGGUGGGUCAAAACUGACCCGAAAGAAAUAUAAAAGCAACACUUUUUUUUUUUUUUACUUUUAGUUUAUUUGAGGAAAAUGUAGGAAAAGUGGCAAGGUUAUACCCCAAACAGCUGAAAUGUAUUAUGCUGUUACUAAAAAAUGGGUCAAAUUUGACUGGAGGAGGUUGUGAGGGUUAAAAAAAUGUGUAAUUUAUUUCCUAUGUAAAGAGAGAAUACAUUUUGUAAUUACUGUUCAAUAUAUUAGUGUGG